AUGUCUGACGCCGCCGUUGUUGAAGCCACCGCCUCCCCAGUUGUCGCUGUUGAGAAAAAGGCACCAAAAAAGGCCGCUGCCAAAGCAAAGAAGCCAUCAGCUGCACCUACCCACCCUCCAACCCAGCAAAUGGUUGAUGCCGCCAUCAAGACCCUGAAGGAACGUGGAGGUUCAUCAUUGCCCGAGAUCAAGAAAUACUUGGCCAGCACCUACAAAGUAGAUGCCCAAAAAUUGGCCUCUUUAAUCAAGAAGAACUUGAAAGGUGCCAUUGCCAGCGGAAAAUUGAUCCAAACUAAAGAUCAUAAUUCUCGAAAAUCCCUAUAA